AUGGUUUCAUCCAGGCCUGCCUUACAGGGGACACAAACAACAGGUACACGUGAGGCGUCAUUCGUGUAUUCCAUAUCAUCAGCUGGGGUCGUGCAUUCUAUUACACGUGCUUGCAGUAAAGGGGAACUGAAUCAAUGCGGUUGCGAUCCCAACAAAAUCGGAAACAGUGCGGACCGGAAGGGUCCUUUUGAGUGGGGAGGCUGUAGCGACAAUGUGCGGUGGGGCAGUUACUUCUCCAGGAUGUUCAUAGAUGCCAGGGAAAAGAAAAUCAAGGAUUCACGGGCUUUGAUGAAUCUCCAUAACAACCGCGCCGGACGACGGGCGGUGAAGCGGUUUAUGAAGUUAGAGUGUAAAUGUCAUGGUGUUAGCGGCGCUUGCACCGUUCGUACAUGUUGGCUGGCUAUGCAACAAUUUAAACGUGUUGGUGAAUAUUUAAAAAUGAAAUACAACGGGGCCACACAGGUCAUGAUCAACCAAGAAGGGUCUGGGCUAAUAGUGGCUAACCGGAACUACAAACGCCCUACCCGCAAGGACCUAGUGUACCUAGAGGAGUCGCCGGAUUAUUGUUUUACAGACUCCGGAAUGGGAUCAUUUGGAACUGCAGGACGGACAUGUAACAAGACAUCGAUGGGGACAGACGGAUGUGACAUAAUGUGUUGUGGGCGUGGAUACGACACAAAAACCGUCAUGUUAGUUGAGAAAUGCGAGUGUAAAUUUCAUUGGUGUUGCCACGUGAAAUGUAAGGAGUGUCGACGCUGGGUUGAUAUUCAUACUUGUAAAGGACCAAAUCCCGUUAUGUCUCGCCCUGCGCAAAGGCGCUCGUGGCGUAGAUACAAAUAA